AAAUUAAUGGUUGUGUCAUAGCUUAGCGCUGAUUUCAAAAACAUUCGGACAAGUCAGUCUAGUAAGCGGUUAAUUUUAUACGUGUUCAAGUACAGCCGUUAUAUUAGCACAGUAUGUCAAAUAAAUCGAAACCAAAUAUCCAAGAUUUGCAACAUGAAGAUUUGGCUGCACUGCGAGGUGUUGAUGUUUCUGAAAUUUCAGUCCCAGCUGACCUUAAGGAAAACGUGAAAGAGCUUGCCAAAUACGAAUAUCCAUUUCGCAAUCUGAUAUUUGGUGGUGGCGGUAAUCGGCUAUUUGCAUAUACGGGAUCUUUAAAGGUUCUUGAGGAUGUUGGCAUAUUAUCGAACAUUAAGAGACUGGGAGGAACGAGCUUAGGAGCACUUACGGCGUGUUUCAUUGCACUUGGACUGACACCGCAUCAGUUGGUCGUCGAAGUAGAGAAAGCAAGGUGUAAAGUUGAGAAAAUGUUGCUAGAUGCACGAUGGGGUAUCCUCAGUCUAAUUUUUAACUUGAAAUCUGAGUACGGAUGGCAUCCGGCCAACGCCUACACCAAGUGGUUAGAAGACAAUAUCAAAGAUUAUGGAGGACAUGGCCAACUUACGUUCAAAGAGCUUUAUGAAAAUACUGGUAAAGAGUUGUGCUGUGUUGCAACCAAUCUUAACCUAAUGACAGCCGAAUACUGCCACGUAAAAACCACGCCAGAUCUGCCGAUAAUUGUUGCACUGAGAAUGAGUAUGUCAUUGCCAGCUCUUCUAUGUGCCGUAAAACACAACCUGAGAGGAGAGGAUGAUAUUUACGUUGAUGGCGGGCUAUUGUGCAAUUACCCUAUACAUGUGUAUGACGGAUGGUGGCUGUCAAUGAAAGAAGAAAAUACGUUUUUUAAGAAACUCCGGCCAGCUGCAAAUAUUGCCAAGCUCUACGACACCAAAGAACGAUUUAAAGAAAAAAAUAAAGAAACAUUGGGUUUGUGUCUUUACACUGAAACUGAGUCAAGUUUAAUGCAGAUUAAUUUCAACGAGCGAUAUUGUGGGAAACAUGCUAAAAUCCCAGAUACUAAGCUUGCAAGAAAACGAAAGGAUACAAUCGAGAAGAAGAAAAAGUGUAGUAAUAAUCGCAAAGCACUCGCCUCAUCGUUUGUCAAGUUCUUUGAUGUCAUUGAUAAGUUUGACAAGGACAACAGCGGAACCCUCAGUUUGGCCGAGUUCAAUGAUUUAUUCGAAAGAAGUAAUACUGAUGACUUCACACAGGAGGAUUUUCGCACUUUGUUCGGAAAAGAUGAUAUCAAAAUAGUGUUCAAGGAAAUCGACAAAAACAACAGUGGAGAG